AUGAGCGUUCUUAAUCUGAUUGAGGCUAAUGCUGGAGAUCUGGAGAAUGGGGGUGGUGGGCCCUUCUGGUAUGCAGCAUCUGCUGCGUCAGGGGCCGACACUGUUGAGCUGAGUGCUGUGCCUUUGGAGGGGGAUCAGGUCCAGAAUGUCACUCUGGUCUGGGCGGAUUAUGACAGACUGCAGCGCGAUCUAGCGUCGCAGAAUCAGUGACUUGUACUGAGUAGGACGAUUGGGGGGUUGCUUAACUCGGGAUGAGUACAGUGUGGCUGCUAGGAGGUAUAGCUGUAGGGUAUAGAGGUACG